AUGACUUGUCCAAUGAGUACAGAAGCCUCUCGCAAAGCACGGCUGUUGCUAUUGGGUUGCUUUAAUGUGAAGCAUUGGGGAUCUGAUCGGAGUGUGUUGGAUAUUAGACAUAUGAAAACGAUCAGUGUAGCUCAUUAUCCUGUUAAUAGAGAAAAGAACCGAUAUAUUGAUGUCUUACCAUUUGAUGAUACCAGAGUACAGCUAAAAUCCUCAGCACGACCUCCAAACAACGAUUACAUCAACGCAAGCUUUAUAAAGGCUACUAAGGACAACAGAGUUGCAACAUUUAUUUCUACACAAGGUCCACUAGUGAGGACAUUUGGAGAUUUUUGGGAAAUGAUCUAUGAAUAUCAGUGCCCUGCAAUUGUCAUGCUCACUCAAUUCGACAGUAUUAAGUGUGAUGAAUAUCUUCCACGGGGAAGUGGACGACGAACAUAUGGGAAUUAUGAUAUCAAGGUUAUGAAGACAAGAACAGAUAGCCACCAUUUACAGUUGCGUGUUGUCAAGGUGCAAAACAAUGAGUCAGGCAAGGUUCAUUCUGUACUCCAUUUAGCAUAUCCUGAUUGGCCCGACCAUGGAGUGCCAACUAAUACUGAUGCUGUACGGCAAAUCUGGAAACGACUGCAUCACAUUCCAACGGAACAUCCUAUAGUUAUCCAUUGCAGUGCAGGUAUCGGAAGAACUGGUGCUUACAUCACAAUCCAUAAUACAAUUGAGCGAAUUGUCCUUGGAGAUAAAAGCUCUUACGAUCUUGUCAAAACUGUAAAGAAUUUUAGAUCCCAACGACCUGGAAUGGUCCAAACGGAGGAACAAUACAAGUUCUGCUACCGGGCCAUUGCUGACGAGCUGAAAGACCUGCUAAAUUCAUGUCAUUGA